CUAUACUUCAGCAUAGACUAUAGAGAUAUUUUAUAUGUAUAUAUAAAUAAACUCUAUCUAUCUUCUUCUGCCUUUCUUUUUCUCAUUACAGAACCAUUGAUGAUAUGAUAGUCAUCAUGAAUUCUCAUCUCACCAUGUUUUUCUUUCUUUUCAAUCUCUUAACAAUCUCUUCCUUUUCCUCAUCACAACCCUCUUACAAAGAUCAUUGUUCUUCCAUCAUCAUAGAGUCAACUCCAAAAGACCUCAUCAUCCAUAACUCUUUUCCUCUUGGUGAUCAAUACUCGGGUUACUUCACAGGAGGUGAUACAAUCAUCAAUAAUGAAAACUCCUUCAACAACAAAUACUCUUCAUUUUACCUUAGACAUAUAAAAAUGCAUGAAACUAUAAACUCUGACUUGUUCAAAAUUGAAUCCACUGUUUCAUUCAGAACCACUCCAAACACAGUUUACUAUCAUGUAAGCAACUUUAGCUAUGGUAAUAAACCAAGUUCUAGAAGUCAACAUCGUUUCAAAACAAGUUUUGUAACUUUCAAGCUUGAAGGGUUUUGGUCAAAAUCUUCAGGAAAAGUUUGUAUGGUUGGAACAGGAAUUGGUUAUUCACAAACAGGUGAUUCUCUUAAUCUUGAUGCUGUCUUUAAGCUUAACAAUGUUUUCCAUUCAAGUAACAUCACUAGUUUGAUCAGUGGAAGCUUAGAGAGUUUGAGUUCUGAAAAGGGUGAUGAGAAAGAUCAUUACUUUGAACCAAUUUCUAUAAUGAUGUUUCCAAAAGCAAAUUAUAGUUAUAGUUUGGAUUCUAAAGAAGCUGAAAAUGAAUUCUCUUUUGAAAGUGAUGUUUCUGAGAAAAAGGGUUUGUCACUAAAUCCAUAUCCAUCAAGUUUUUGUUCAUUUCCACUCUCAAGAGCUAUUAGAAGACUCCGAUUAGAGUACACUCACGAGUGCAAUUCUUCAAAGAAUUGCACUCCUAUAAUUAGUGAUCAAUUGCCAUAUAUGUUGUCUCUGAGAGGUGCUGAAUGUUCUCAAGAAAACAAGCAUAGGAUGAAGGUUAUGAUGGUAUUUUCAAAUAAAAGUGACUAUUGGAUUGAAAAAGGUUUCAAUCCGAAAACUACGUUGGUAGGGGAAGGUUGGUGGGAUGAGAAGAAAAAUUCAUUGUGUGUAGUUGCUUGCCAUUUCAUUGGCAUCAUGAAAUCUUCCUUGAAUGGCAUUCGUCUUGGCGAUUGCUCGGUAAGAUUGAGAUUGAAAUUCCCUUCAGUUUGGUCAAUAAAAAAUACUAAUAGCAUAGUUGGACAAAUUUGGAGCAACAAGAGUGCUAAUGAUCCAAACUACUUCAAGAUGAUAACAUUUAGAAAUUUCGAAGAUGACAGGGUUGGAUAUCGAGCGUCGAAGUACGAGUAUAGCCAGCUUGAAAGAGUUAAGAAAUCAUGUCCAACACACAAGGUUGUCAAGGACAAAGGUAGAACAAGAUUUCCAGAUGUUUAUUCUUACGAUAUGAGAUUUGAUAUGUCAGUUAGAGAUAGAGAGUCCAAUAUAAGAGUAGCAUCUGGUUCUUCAGCUCCUUUAUCUGUUGGUGAUCAAGUUUAUGAUGAUCCUCUUACUAUUUCAAAUUCCACAUCAGAAACUCCUAUGGUGAUGUUCAACAAUGGCAGCUUGUUCAACAUUAGCUACAAGAUUACUAUAUUUUCUAAUUCAACCUUAUAUAACAGGAAUUCAGUGUUUAAUUUGUCUUCUUAUAGAGUGAAGAUUUCAGCAGAAGGUAUUUAUGAUGCAAGGACAGGAACCCUGUGUAUGAUUGGUUGCCGCGAUCUUAACUCAAAGGCUGGAACACCGUUAGCCGGCUCUGUGGAUUGUGAGAUUCUAUUGAAGUUUCAGUUUCCAUCAUUGGAUGCAAUAAAUGGAAGCUACAACAUUAAAGGGAGUAUCGAAAGCAUGCGAAAAAAAUCAGAUCUUCUUUACUUCAAAAGUUUAGAGCUUUCUUCAUAUGCAAUUUACUCGGAAACAGCGAUAACAGCUGUUUGGAGAAUGGAUAUGGAGAUUAUCAUGGUUCUGAUAUCUACAACUCUAGCAUGUGUUUUCGUCGGAUUGCAACUAUACCAUGUCAAGAAACACACUAAUGUGCUUCCCUUCAUCUCAGUUUUCAUGAUGUCAAUUCUCACAUUAGGUCAUAUGAUGCCACUUGUUCUCAAUUUCGAAGCACUUCUUCCUCAAAAUUAUAACAGCAAAAACUUUGUGUUUGGAUAUGUUGGAUGGCUUGAAGUUAAUGAAAUAGCUGUAAGAAUUAUAACCAUGAUAGCUUUCUUGUUGCAAUUCCGUCUCCUUCAACUAACUUGGUCGUCAAGAAAGACUACUGAAAGCCAGAACGGCCUCUGGAUUGCUGAGAGAAAGGCUAGUUAUGUGAUUUUCCCAUUGUAUGCAGCUGGAUUAUUGACUUCAUUUCUGUUGAAGUUGAAAAAUGAUGGAUUUCAACAUGAUUCAUCUUGGGAGAACAUGAAAUCUUAUGGCGGUUUGGUAUUGGAUGGCUUUCUUGUGCCACAAGACUCGUAAUUAUGCUCGACUCGGCGAUGGAUCAUACUUCUAUGCCAAUCCUAAUGCAGAUUUUUACUCCACUACUUCGGAUAUUGUCAUUCCUUUGGGAGGUAUCUUAUUUGCUAUCAUUAUCUACUUGCAGCAACGUUUUG